GAAAAUUAAUCUUUUAACGCCAUGAGGAUUACAUUGAACAAGUGCAGGAAAUUUAAUAUCCAUACAAAUAAAUCCUUUUAAACAAUUGUGAACCCCUUCGUUGGGCCUUCAAAGUUUGGUGUUUUAAAUAUCUACAAAGUAUGUAUUGAAAGAUUUGGGAAAGGUGUGUGUCUCAUAUAUCGGGCCAAAUAUCGCUGGUUAUGAUUUCCAACUCGGAACGACAAUGUUUGACUUAGAUAAAAUGUGUUUGGAUUCAGGCUUUAUCAUGACCACAAAAAGCAGUCGUUAACUGGCAAAUCGGGAGGAUUCGAAAGAAAAGCCAUUUGUUCCCUCCAAGACUUGUGCCUGACAUUUUCUUCAAGGUCUGCGCAAAGUUGGAUUUUUUAGUCUUCGUUGAGGAUUUGUGCAUAACUAGAAAUUCUAUAAAUUCUUGAAGAAGAAAUUUUCACAUUGGAAAAAAAGGGGGAAAAAAUAUCCGAUCGUUAUUCAAAAACAAUUUUAGCUUAAGUACAGUGAUUUUUAACACAUUAAUUAUGGUCUCGUAAAUAGUCGGGACCACACAUUCUGUUUUCGAAAUUUUGUGGUCAUAGGGACACAAAAUGAAGUGCCGGGUGGGGCUAGAUUGGAUCGCCUGUAUUGUACAGGUGGUGGCCACCCUGUUCUUUACGAUUGGAUUCUCCACAAAAUACUGGGCCACUGCUGAGGACUCUGUGAAUUCAGGACUCUUCACUACGUGUAAGGGAUAUUAUUGCUAUGACACUCACGUCUUCUAUCAUGGAAAGACGGAGAAAGCAGCGAUCAUGGGUGCAGCGGUGAUGGAGAUUUUCACUCUGUGUGGUGUCUACUUUGUGAUUCUAUUAAUGUUGCUGUAUAUGUGUGGUUUAUUUAAUGAACGAUCCCUCUCUCGGGGAGCAGCCAUAACUGCCUUUGCAACAGCUUUAUGCGGAUUUAUCGGGGUCAUCAUGUUUGGUUCUGCUAUGUCCUCAUUACAGUACGAACUGAAUUGGUCAUGUGGUUUUGUGAUUGUUGGCCUUAUCAUAGACAUUGCCGCUGGAAUUUGCAUUUACAUCGGUGGUCAACAGUGGGUGGAGGAGAGCCAGAAAAAGAGACCAAGGAAAGAGCUGUUUCCACCAAUCAGAAACUCUAAUUUUACUUCACGUCGCGAUCCUCGAUUGGAACCGAGGGUUCCUGGCAAUCAAAAUGGAGCUAGUAGAAACUCUGCGAAAUUUAACCCAAAGGCCAGUCCGCAACUUUCUCGGAAGUUUCACGUGAGUGACGGUGAUGAUGAAAAGUGGUAUUAUUUUCUCAAACAUUUACAUGUCAUAGAGUUCACUUUUGAUAAUUGUGUACCAGAUAUGCCAACCGACACGAAACGAAUCAAUGGUCCAGAGGAAUCAUUUGACCCAUCCGUGUUUUUUGUAAAUGUAAAGAAAACGAAAGAGAUUUUAAAAAGUAAAAAAAGACAGGAUGGCAGAAAAGCGGAGCAGGUUCGGCCAGUGUUCUUAAAGGCUGGUGUAAUUAGUCAAGCAAGAGGCUCAGCCUACAUUGAACAGAAUGAAACCAAAGUCAUGUGUGCUGUGUAUGGCCCAAGGGAGGUUGUGAAGAAGGAAGAAUUCAGUAUGAAAGGCCAGUUGACCUGUGAGUUUAAGUUUGCCACAUUCUCGUGUCGAGUCCGACGUCAACAUCAACAAGAUAAUGAGGAACGAGACUACAGCAGUCAGUUACAGGACGCACUGGAGCCAGCAGUUUGUCUGCAUAAAUUUCCAAAGGCCCAAGUUAAUGUAUAUGUAACUGUAUUACAGAAUGAUGGAUGUCCCCUGGCCACGUCUCUGACCUGUUGUUCUGUAGCACUGGCCAAUGCUGGGAUAGAGAUGUAUGAUCUGGUAGUAGGAUGUUCUGCAAGGAUAACCCCCUCACAAGUGUUUAUAGACCCCACAGAAAUGGAGGAAUAUAAACCUGAGAGUGACAACCAGACAGGUAAUGGAAGUGUCACUGUUGGACUGCUGCCAUCCCUGAACCAAGUUUCUGCUGUCACCUCUAAAGGAGAAGUUGAAUUCGAAUUACUCAGUAAGGCCACCAAGCAGUGCAUUGAGGUGUGCCAAAAACUGUAUCCAGUGUUACAGCAGGCAGUGUCCAAAGCUGUAGAGGACAGACUGACCAGUGAUCAUGUGACCUGAAUCAUUUACAUAACAAAAUAUUGUUUUGUGUAGAUGACAUCCACUUCAUUCAUAUACUCAUGUAUCAGUAACAUUUGUAAU